UUCUGCAACAGCGAAUAUCCAUAUACAGACGGCGUCAAAGAGAGAGAGAGAGAGAGAGAGAGAGUUAGAGAGAGAAAGCUUACUUAAAAGAAAUGGCGAUGGCGUCAAUCCGAUCGGGUCUCCUGCGAACCGCCUUGCGCGGUGGCUCUCGAGCCCCUGCUCCUCCCAAGCGCAACUUCUCCUCCUCCGCUCAUCACGACGAUGCUUAUGAGACGGCAAAGUGGGAAAAGAUAACGUACGCGGGCAUUGUAACAUGUACUGUUUUAGCAAUCUUCAAUCUAUCAAAGGGUCAUCCCCACCAUGAUGAGCCUCCUCCAUACCCAUAUCUGCACAUCCGCAACAAGGAGUUUCCCUGGGGUCCAGAUGGCCUUUUUGAGGUCAAGCAUCACUAGGGUAGUUUUUGGUUCAUUUUAAAAGCUAUCAGACCAUGUGGAAUAACUUUUUGUUCACAUUGUCCUUGGAGUUUCAUCGAAAUUGGAUACUAAUGCUUGCAUAUGGCAAGUGGUUGAAUCUUUCCUAUUUCAUUCCUGUCAACGAUUAAUAAAAUGAACUCUUUGGAUUGCUA